GACAAAAUGUCAGAAAGAUCAGAUAUUCUUCACUUCAAGUUUGACAGUUAUGGGGAUUCAAUGUUACAGAAAAUGAACAAACUGAGGGAAGAAAACAAAUUUUGUGAUGUUGUGGUCCAUAUAGAUGACAUUGAAGUUCAUGGGCAUAAAAUUGUAUUUGCUGCUGGCUCCCCCUUUUUAAGAGAUCAGUUCUUGCUAAAUGACUCUAGAGAUGUAAAAAUCUCUAUACUGCAGAGUUCGGAAGUGGGGAGGCAGCUGCUUCUAUCCUGUUACAGUGGCGUUCUGGAGUUUCCUGAAAUGGAACUGAUAAACUACUUGACUGCCGCAAGCUUUCUGCAGAUGAGCCACAUUGUUGAACGAUGUACGCAGGCCCUCUGGAAGUUUAUAAAACCGAAGCAGCCGUUGGAGAGCAAGGAGUGUGAACGCCAAAGUGACUCCUCUGAGCUGAAGGAACAUCAAGGAGACGACGACUCUCUGCAGCAAGAUUCACCUUGUAUUCAACCUUCAGAAGACAGUAUGGACAUGGAGGAUAGCGAUAUCCAGAUCAUCAAGGUGGAGUCCAUCGGAGAGGUGGCAGAAGUUAGGAAUAAGAAGGAUCAGAACCAGUUUAUUUCUUCUGAACAAAGUGCACUGCAUUCCUCAGAGCCUCAACACUUUCUUAUCAACUCCACUGUUGAAAACAGAGCAAGUGAAAUAGAGCAAAACCACCUCCACAACUAUGCCCUUUCGUAUGCUGGCAGUGAUAACAUCAUUCUGGCUUCUAAAGAUAUGUUUGGGCCUAACAACCGCGGUAUAGACAAAGGCCUCCAGUGGCACCACCAGUGUCCAAAGUGCACGAGAGUAUUUCGGCAUCUGGAAAACUAUGCUAAUCACUUAAAGAUGCACAAACUCUUUAUGUGUCUACUCUGUGGCAAGACAUUCACUCAGAAAGGCAACCUCCACCGGCACAUGAGAGUGCACGCAGGCAUCAAACCAUUCCAGUGUAAGAUCUGUGGGAAAACGUUCUCUCAGAAAUGUUCCUUACAGGACCACCUCAACCUGCACAGCGGGGACAAGCCCCAUAAGUGUAACUACUGUGACAUGGUUUUUGCGCAUAAACCAGUUCUGAGGAAACACCUUAAGCAGCUACAUGGUAAAAACAGCUUUGACAAUGCCAAUGAAAGGAACGUUCAAGACAUAACAGUGGACUUCGAUUCAUUCACGUGUAGCGCUGUGACAGACAGUAAGGUCUGUCAGCAAGCUGAUGCAAGCCAGGUACUGGAUGCAGGGAAGCUGCCUCAGGCUGUGCUCAGUUUAAGGAAUGAUAGUACCUGCGUCAAUUAAGCAAUUAAAAACAGCCCUUUGUAGGUAUCACAGAGGAGCACACAGUUGGUUUGGGCUCUUACCGAAGCUAGUGGUAUGCCCCGAAAGGCUACGGAUGGAUGGCAGGCUGGAUUCCAAAACCUGGCAGGUCUUCAGCCAUCAUUCUUAGUCUUGAUAUUUUCUGUGAAUAGCAAUCUUCCUUCAGGUUUCUGUCUGCGUCUCUACUGUGGAUUAUGGGGUUAAUUGUUUAUUUCUCUCUGAUUAGGAGACUCAAGACUAACACCUUUUGAAAGACUGUUGCUGUGGGCUGCAAGUAAACCAUCUGCUGUACAGUUAGAGGCCUCUUUGUGUCUGGGCAGAUGGAGGAAAGAGCAAAGAGGACAAGUCUGUGAGAAAACCCGAUUAUUUUUUUUUUAAAGCACUGGAUAACUCAAAGCACUCCAUAUAGCUACCUUUAAACUUACCUCUUAAAUUUAUCUUUCUCUGAUCUUACCCCUAGACCCCUACAGUCGAAAUGAAGUAUUUUUCUGUCACUUUUUUGCCCUUUCUAACUAUUUCAAGAAACUUCUGCUGCCAAUCGAUGCUAUCUUAAAAGCUCUCAGGGUUUUUAACCUCAACAUGUAUUAUGAAAAGAUAAAACCCUAAAUGAUUUGGCAGGGUUAGCUGAUCAUUGCAUAGAACUGUUCAAAAUGAGAAUAAAUUGCAGCUCUGGAAUGUGAGAGGCCAGUGCCUGGAGUGCAAGCAUGACCUAUUUCUUAUGCUGUCAUACCUAGGAUUUUUAAAGGGCACUUACCAGUGUAUAUACUGAGACAAACAAAACACUUCAAAACUAAAAAUUAUCAUUCAUCUUUCAUAAAUUUUGCAUCACGUAAGCCAGAACAGUUGUUGGUUUUAGAGCAAAGCUGCAGCGGAGAAAUACCACUUUUUGACACUGUGAAAGAAUCUGUUUUAAAAGCUGCAAUGAAUAACAACUCCAUGCUUGCUUUUUGCCUUUUUUUUUUUUCCUGUUAGUUCUUAUGGCCCUUAUUAGGGGCCUUUUUUUUUUUCCUUGUCUCCCUUAUUACCAGGGAGACAGAUACAUGUCAGUUAACUUGAAAUCAGAAACAAAAAUGCCUGCCGUAAGAACAUCAACAACAAAGUUUUUUGAUUUCUUGGACAUUCAAAGAUUUUUUUUUUUCUGUGACCUGCAUAGUUCAUGACCAUUAGUGUUUUACAGAGCCUAGGAUGAGGUAUAGGUAGCACAAUUUCCAUAGGUUAAUGUACUCAGCAAUACCUCUUGUAUACCGCCUUAAACAUCAAAUGUAGUGGGAAUGGCAUGUUAAUUGGGAUUCCAGGAUUAUACCAUAUUGCUUCUCAAAAGUGCCAUGGAAUUAUCCGCAUCCCAAUCAGGCUGAAAGAAACUACUCCAUCUGAGGAACACCAUUCCCAGUAGAACAGCACUCUUAUCACAUUGAAGUGUAGCAUAGACUAAUAAUCAAAUGGCUGAUCCUCAGUAGAGAACUGCUGUUUGUGUUUGGAAUAAGUAUUUCUUCCAAUGCAGCUCUUUUCCACAAGGUUUGCCAUGAGGCUGAGAUUAUGCUUCCUACCUAAAGUAGUACUGUUUGUAUGUUUGAGUGAGGGGGUGGGGGUGAAAGGCUGCUACUGUAUGGUUAAAAAUGCUACACAGGCAUGACCAAAGGUGUGUUAGAGCAAAAAAUGUUUUGUAUGUAAUUAUCAAAAGUUGGUCUUGAUCUUCAGCUAUGUGUGUGUAGAAGCCAGGAUUUCCUUAUGCAGACAUUACACUGAUGGACGAUAAAAAGCGUUAAUGUUGCAGAACAUACUUUCAAGUAGAAGAGCAAGGUGAUUCUGUGAAUCAGUUUUUGCAAUUGAGUUCUUAAAACUACUGUACUUGACUGUUACAUGAAUGAUUACAUGGACAGCUAUGAAGUAAGCAAUGGAAACUGAGUCAGGGCAUUACAUUUUUCAAGUUGUAGCAAAUACAUUUAGACCUAAAAUCUAACUAUUUGGAACUUUAAAAAAAUAUUGUUCAGGUUCCUGGGGCAGAAAAUAGGUUUGCAUGGGAAGAAAAACUGUUUUUCCAUUUAAAGCCACCUGCUUUCAGAAUCGUUUUGAGCUAAAACUGACCAUAACAGUUGCAUCUGACACUUUGCAUU